GCUUCAUUUUCCGUCAAUUCCGGACUCCCGCCAUGUCGUCGCAGUACUCGAAGGACGAUUCGGACCUCAUCGAAGAGCUGAUGAGGCUUUCGAAAAAGUCGCCCAAACUCGUAAAGUCGACGGUGUACCAGGCGCCGGCACGACCGGACAUUAGCGUCAGGAGCUGGAAAAUGAAUGAGUACAAGUAUAACAAUAUUCCCUGUCCUUUUCCGACUUUGGCGAGAGGUCUGUUCACAGAGGACAUAGAAGAUCAAGGGGACGGGAUCGUGCAUCGUAUCGUCGCGCGGGGAUACGAUAAGUUUUUCAACAUUGGCGAGGUGCCAUGGACGACGUGGUCCUCCCUCGAGUCACACACCGCGCCACCAUACACCCUGACUCUGAAAUCAAAUGGCUGUAUCAUAUUCAUAGCUCCCUUGACUCCGACAAAACUACUCGUUACAUCAAAGCACUCUGUCGGACCAGGAACUGACGCGACGAAGAGCCACGCCGGAAGAGGCGAAAUGUGGCUCCGGAAGCAAUUCGAAAAGACAGGCAAAACUGAAGAGCAGAUGGCCAAGUUGCUGUGGGAAAAUAACUGGACUGCCGUGGCCGAGCUCUGUGACGACGAAUUUGAGGAACACGUCCUCCCUUACCCGCCCGAGAAGACCGGCUUGCACCUCCACGGGAUCAACGAAUCGACGCGGGCCUUCAAGACUCUGCCCCCAGACACUGUAACCUCGUUCGCGCGCGAAUGGGGCUUCAUUGAGACCCCCUACACCACACUGAAGAGCAUCCCUGAGGUCAAGCAAUUCACCGACGAAGUCUCCAAGACCGGGUUCUGGAAUGGCGAGCCCGUCGAAGGCUUCGUGGUGCGCACGCACGUCACGGAGCCUCCCACAAAGGGAGAGAAGCAGCCGCCCUCGCUCUCGCCGUACCCUCCCGGCUCUACCUUCUUCUUCAAAGUGAAGUUCGACGAGCCGUACAUGAUGUACCGCGACUGGCGGGAGGUGACGAAGACGCUGCUGUCCAAGGGCUCGCUCAGCCCAGGCAGCGUCAGCAAGGCCAAGAUGAAACGGCCCGAGACGCGGCUGUACGUGAAUUGGGUGAUCGGGGAGAUCAAGCGGGAUCGAAAACAGUUUGACGGGUAUACCAGCGGGCACGGGAUUAUCAGGACGAGGGAGAGAUUCCUAGAAUGGCUGAAGGGAGAGGAGGGGAAGAAGGGGCUGAAAGACGAGAAGGAGCAGAAGACGGAUGAAUAUGGUCUCACGGGCCAACAAGAUAGGGAAUUUGGGAAGACCAUCAUUGUCCCCGUGGCUGUUCCAGGGUGCGGUAAAACUGCUAUCGCGGUCGCAAUUGUUCACCUGUUCGGCUUCGGCCACACGCAGAGCGACGAUGUUAAGGCCAAGAAAGCCGCUCCGGUGUUCAUCAAGAACGUCGUAGAUCUCCUGAAGACGCACGAUGUCGUGAUUGCCGACAAGAACAACCAUCUUAGGCAGCAUCGGGAACAGCUACGCGAAGCGACCAAGUCAUUCCGGCCGCGCGUGAGGCUGAUGGCGCUCAACUGGUCGUUCGAUCAGCCUCUGGCGACGAUUCAUAGGAUAUGUGGCGACAGGGUAUUGGAGCGCGGCGAGAACCACCAGACUCUCCGUGCCGAUACGCUCGGCAAGACGCACGAAGACGUUAUAUGGCAGUUUUUGCAUAAUGCCGAGGAGCUGGACGACGGUGAGGUGGACGUGUCGGUCGAGAUGAAGUUUGACGAUACGCUGGAGCAGGCGGUCAAUAGAGUCGUGGAUGCGUGCGUGAAGAUCCUGGGCGUGCCUCGACCGUCUCCGGAGAAGAUUGAGGAGGCGCUUCAGGCGGCGAAGGGCUACGCACCUCGGGUCAAGAACAACGGAAAGGAUAAGGGGAAGAAGGCGAAGACGCCGGGUCCGCCUCGGUACUUCGGGUUACUCCCCGAGGUCGACUGCGAAGACUUGCUGAGCAAGAUCAUGGAGGGUGGGAGCUUCGAUGUCCCCGAGUCGGCGCGGACACUGUACGAGGCGAUGCGAGAUGAGAAUAGGAUUUCCAAACGGCCGCAUGUUACCAUCGUCCACUCGAAAUCGCUGCCUGCCGAAUCGGACCUAUGGGAACGGUGCAUGAAUAUCUAUCGGCUACCGACGGGACCGCUCUUCGAGUUCAAGCUCGGGCAUGUGGUGUGGAACGACAGAAUUAUGGCUAUCACUGUUGAGGAUCUACGUGUUGCAUCAGAAGGGGACGCGCAACAGCAGGAGGGCCACGAGUAUGUAUCGAAGCUGCCUCCCGAAGUAAGGGAUCGACUGCACAUCACCGUCGGGACAAGGGAUCCCACGGUAGCUCCUGUUGAGGCGAAAACCCUGGUAGAGAAAUGGCGGAAAGGAGAGAAGGUUGGAGUAUCUGGGUCUAUCCCCUUGCAGGAUACGUUUGCCAAGGGACGGCUGAAAGGACUGUUCAGCUGAAGAUGCUGCAAAGGAAAGAAACUGAAACGCAGACAUAACAAUAAACCCCUACGAUCAUUUGGCAAUUCGGUCCUUCGAACGCACAUCCCAGUCACACUCCACGACCUGUAAAAUAUCAAUCAUCACUCUGUGCAAUGGAAAAGGUGCCACCGCGGAUUCAUUUCGAGUUUAGCCUGGGUAUGUGUCACCGUGUGGUGCGAAUGUCUACUGUCCCUCAGGAUGGCGGCUCGCUUGGCGAUGCCACUUGCACGAGGGGUGCGUCGAGUUGACUGACUUCUGCCUAGCUAGUCAGUAUGGUUAAUAGUUACCCAGGCGUCUUAUCCUCGUCAUCGUACGAUAACCACACCGCUAUUGCCUUUGUGGCCAUUGCGGCGUGGGCUACUCGUAAAGGUUCCUUCGGUUAAUCGGGUCUAGCUCUCUGAAUAACGUUGUUCAGUGGCUCGCUCAUGACGUGGAAGUUUAGGAUUGCAAUUGCUCCUACAAUGCUCGCUCUGAAUGUUAUCCCAUUGAGCCAC